GCGGCUGCCGAGCGGCCGGGUCGGCGGCCGGGGCUCCGGGCCGCGCGAGGCCAGAGCCACGCCGCGCCGCAGCUCACAGCCUCCGAGGCGGAGCGCCGCCCAGCCCAGGACUGCGGCCGGAGCCUGGGGCGCGCGUGCAGAGGACCGGGCGCGGCGCGGCUGCGGCUGAGGUUUGGAGUUUCAGAACACUCAUCUUCUCAGUAGUUCAGCCAAGGCGAUGAAAUGUGAAGAAGCCUCCCCCAGCUUCCUGGCAUUCUCUCCAUCAUCUGUGCAGUGGAGAGUAGUUCCUAUUGCUGUGGAAACAUUUUCUCUUCACUCUUUUCUCUCAGGGGCAGGCUUACCUGAGUGCCUGCUCUGUGUGAGUCAUCGUGGAAGGACACGGUGGAGGACAGGGAGGAGGAACCGUAUGUUGCAUUCUUGUGGAGUGGAGACAAAGUCUUUUGCACAAGGUUGGGGCAUCCUGGGGUGAAAAGAGUGGAGCCUUUCAAGCUGGCAUGGAGAGCUUAAGGAGCGACUGAGGGAGACUGACGCUGGCCACCUGCAGAGUCCUGGUUACUUCAGUGCUGCUAAGAUAUUCUCUCAUUCCACUCGCACCGAAGGAAGCUGCCUUGGGAUCGGAGCAGACAUAAAGCUAGACAAAUUUCAAGACAGAAACAGUCUCCGCCAGUCAAGAAACCCUCAAAAGUAUUUUGCCAUGGAUAUAGAAGAUGAAGAAAACAUGAGUUCCAGCAGCACUGAUGUUAAGGAAAACCGCAAUCUGGACAACGUGUCCCCCAAGGAUGGCGGCGUGCCUGGGCCUGGCGAGGGCUCUCAGCUCUCCAAUGGGGGUGGUGGUGGCCCCAGCAGAAAGCGGCCCCUGGAGGAGGGCAGCAAUGGCCACUCCAAGUACCGCCUGAAGAGAAGGAGGAGAACACCAGGGCCGGUCCUGCCCAAGAACGCCCUGAUGCAGCUGAAUGAGAUCAAGCCUGGCUUGCAAUACACGCUCCUGUCCCAGACCGGGCCCGUGCACGCGCCUCUGUUUGUCAUGUCUGUGGAAGUGAAUGGCCAGGUUUUUGAGGGCUCUGGUCCCACAAAGAAAAAGGCAAAACUCCAUGCUGCUGAGAAGGCCUUGAGGUCUUUUGUUCAAUUUCCUAACGCCUCUGAGGCCCACCUGGCCAUGGGAAGGACCCUGUCUGUCAACACGGACUUUACAUCUGACCAGGCCGACUUCCCUGACACACUCUUCAAUGGUUUUGAAACUCCUGACAAGGUGGAGCCUCCUUUUUACGUGGGCUCCAACGGGGAUGACUCCUUUAGUUCCAGCGGGGACCUCAGCUUGUCAGCCUCCCCGGUGCCUGCCAGCCUCGCCCAGCCUCCUCUCCCUGUCCCACCGCCGUUCCCACCCCCAAGUGGGAAGAAUCCCGUGAUGAUCUUGAAUGAACUUCGCCCAGGGCUCAAGUAUGACUUCCUCUCCGAGAGUGGAGAGAGCCAUGCCAAGAGCUUCGUCAUGUCUGUGGUCGUGGACGGUCAGUUCUUUGAAGGCUCGGGGAGGAACAAGAAGCUUGCCAAGGCCCGGGCUGCACAGUCUGCCCUGGCAACCAUUUUUAACUUGCGUUUGGAUCAGACGCCGUCUCGCCAGCCUAUUCCCAGUGAGGGUCUUCAGUUGCAUUUACCGCAGGUUUUAGCUGAUGCUGUCUCACGCCUGGUCCUGGGUAAGUUCGGUGACCUGACAGACAACUUCUCCUCCCCUCACGCUCGCAGAAAAGUGCUGGCUGGAGUUGUCAUGACAACAGGCACAGAUGUUAAAGAUGCCAAGGUGAUAAGUGUUUCUACAGGAACAAAGUGUAUUAAUGGAGAAUACAUGAGUGACCGUGGCCUUGCAUUAAAUGACUGCCAUGCAGAAAUAAUAUCUCGGAGGUCCUUGCUCAGAUUUCUCUAUACACAACUUGAGCUUUACUUAAAUAGCAAAGAUGAUCAAAAAAGAUCCAUCUUUCAGAAAUCAGAGCGAGGAGGGUUUAGGCUGAAGGAUAAUGUCCAGUUUCAUCUAUACAUCAGCACUUCUCCCUGUGGAGAUGCCAGAAUCUUCUCACCACAUGAACCAAUCCUGGAAGAACCAGCAGAUAGACACCCAAAUCGUAAAGCAAGAGGACAGCUACGGACCAAAAUAGAGUCUGGCGAGGGCACGAUUCCAGUGCGCUCCAAUGCGAGCAUCCAAACGUGGGACGGGGUGCUGCAAGGGGAGCGGCUGCUCACCAUGUCCUGCAGUGACAAAAUUGCGCGCUGGAACGUGGUGGGCAUCCAGGGAUCCCUGCUCAGCAUUUUCGUGGAGCCCAUUUACUUCUCGAGCAUCAUCCUGGGCAGCCUCUAUCACGGGGACCACCUUUCCAGGGCCAUGUACCAGCGGAUCUCCAACAUAGAGGACCUGCCACCUCUCUACACCCUCAACAAGCCUUUGCUCAGUGGCAUCAGCAAUGCAGAAGCACGGCAGCCAGGGAAGGCCCCCAACUUCAGCGUGAACUGGACGGUAGGCGACUCCGCUAUUGAGGUCAUCAACGCCACGACAGGAAAGGAUGAGCUGGGCCGCGCGUCCCGCCUGUGUAAGCACGCGUUGUACUGUCGCUGGAUGCGUGUGCACGGCAAGGUUCCCUCCCACUUACUGCGCUCCAAGAUUACCAAGCCCAACAUGUACCAUGAGUCCAAGCUGGCGGCAAAGGAGUAUCAGGCAGCCAAGGCGCGUCUGUUCACCGCCUUCAUCAAAGCGGGACUGGGGGCCUGGGUGGAGAAGCCCACCGAGCAGGACCAGUUCUCACUCACGCCCUGACCCGGGCAGACAUGAUGUGGGGUGCAGGGGGCUGUGGGCAUCCAGCGUCGUCCUCCGGAACCUCACAUCUGAACCGGGGGCAGGUGCAUACCUUGGGGAGGGAGUAGGGGACAGAGAGGACCACCAGGUGUCCACUGUCGUCCCCAGCAUCUCACGUCAGACCUGGGGCAGUACGCAGUGUGGGGAGGGGACGGGUGCGCUGGGGCCCAGUCUCGCCACCUAGCAUCUCUCUGCCACAGUAUUUCCCCUUCUGAACCGUCCAGUGACUGCUUUCAAUCUCAGUUUACGUUUAGAAAUUGAGUUCUACUGAGUAGGGCUUCCUUAAGUUUAGGAAAAUAGAAAUUACUUUGUGUGAAAUUCUUGAAUAAAUAAUUUAUUCAGAGGUAGGAAUGUGGGUUAUAAAAUAAGAAGUAAUUAUGUCAGGUCACUUUUAGGCCACAUUAUUUCAACUGCAAAAAAGCAUCUAUAUAUGGAGGAGGGUGGGAAAUAGAGGUAGGAAGUAGUAACCUAAAGGAAGUUGCCACACGUUUGUCUAAACUUAGGUCUCUUUUCUCCAUAGGUACCUCCGUGGUUAGUUUCACACACUAGGUUUUCACAGUCUCUCCCCAAGGAGCAGACUCCCAGCAUGAUGUAGCGUGGCCCUGUCACGCACAUGGGGUCCCACAGUGGUGACUGUGUCCUGCAGAGUCAUGACCCAGGACCCUGUAGCCCUCAGCCUCCUCUAGAAGCUUCUGUACUCGUUGUAGGAUCAGAUCAUGGAAAACUUUUCUCAGUUUAUUCUAAGUAAUCACAGAUAAAACGUGGCCAGUAACCCAGGCUGGCCAUUAAUUCGGGUUUUUUAAACGAUACUUAAACUUUUAUGGACUAGAAGGGAUCAGGAGGGCUGCUGCACAGCACAUGGCCUAAGUUCCCUCUCUUCCUUGCUCCGAGUUGAAUGGAUGUGAGUGACUGCCCAAAGACCUUCACAGGAUGGAAGGAGAAGGAUUUCAGUAGAUAUCAUUCCUGGAAAAUGCCGUAGAAGGCAUGUUUCAAAAUUAUUGUUUCCAGCUUUGUCUAAGACAUGUUUGAAAAAUAAAAAGUGUCCAGGUGAGAGCUGGUGAGACCAAGUGCUGCUGGCAUAAUGUAGACCAGAGGCUGACGGUCCCGACGGGUGCUCAGGGCCGCCCGGCACCCGCAGUGCACAGAACGGCCCCGCGGCAGAGGGAGCCAGCCCAGGAGGUCAGGGGCGCGGCGGGCAAGGGCCCUGUGUAGACCACCUCCGCCCAGCUCAGAGAUUUGCACCAGUUGCCUUGUUGCCUCCGCUCAGGAUGAAAGAGGAGCCAAGAGAAGUGCCCUGCCCAUCAGUGCAGUGCCCAGCUCCAAGGUUCUGGAGGGUGCUCAGCUGGGUCUCCUGGGGCCAUGGGCAGAGAUUGGUGCAGACUCCACCCUACAGCAUACAUUUGCCACAGCAAAGUCCAGGGUGAUGACGCCUGUGUGUCCAUGAUGAGCCUAGGAAACCAGAACAGGUGCAGAGGGGCAUCCUCCUCCCCCUAGACCCGAGAGCUCAGACCUGAGAAGGGGAGCACCAUGGCUUUGGCGGGGUGUGCGCCUCCCGAUGUCAGGAGCCCUAUCUGUGUGUGUCCACACAGAUCUCGUCCCAGCAUGGCAGGAAGGGGUGCUGCUUAGGGCUCGUUGUUGGGGACACGACCAGGUUCAGAGGCACGAACUUCUGCCCCACACCAGCCUUCUCCUCUACCGAAGAGGGUAGUUGUCUCCUUGAACCAGUCAGAGUGGGCAUUGCAGGCCCCUCCAUCACAACAGUGGGGUCUUAUUUAGGCAGAUUGUGUGGGGGUUUCUGUACCUGCAGAAGGAAAGGGGUCUUCGCUGGCCUUCCCCCAAGCAGGCUCUUGCACAUUCUAGAUAAAACACCGUGUAAGUCUGUGCGUUUUUAUUCUUGUCUUGAUAAAUUGUAUUUUUUUCUAAUGGGGAUUGGGAGAUGGACUUAGUUUUUAAAAAUAUGUGGAUUUUGGUUACAAAGUUUACUGUUAAUAUAUUCCAUUUACAUACAAAACUACCCAGUAUGUCUGGCUUUUCCUUUCUGUCAGGAAAUAGCUAAAAUGAGCAUGAUUGCUCCCUGUACCACCCCAAAUAAGUGAGGGCCUCACCUUGUGGGGCCUGAGCAGGUGCCUUGAGACCCUAAGGCGCACCUUUCCUGGGUGGACAGGCAGGCACAGGGCGUCCCACCCCAAGCCGUCCAGGCAGGAGGAAGGCAGCCAAGGUGACUGGGUUCAGGGAGGCCUGGGCAGGGCAGCUUCGGGGAGGAAGCUGGUGUGCAGGAGCCACUGUCCUGGCCAGGGGACCAGAGGCUUUGUAGUGCUCCUAGGACAGUGCAUCUGUAGUCAGAAGAAAAGGAAAAAAAAAAAAAAAAAAAAAAAACAGAAUGCUGGCUCCUCUCUGAGACAGAUGAGGAAACUUAGCACUUUAAUCUCCCUUCAGAGCGCUCAUUGUGCAUUAGACUCUAGCUGUUCCACUGAGGUGUCAUUUUGCAUCCCAUGUCCUUGAUGUGGGUUUUAGAGACUUAGCAGAAAAUUUGACACAAGCAGGAACUUGUUUUUUUUUUUUUAAGAAAAGUCUUAAAUUUUGAGGACAUUUUGACAAGUAGGGGAAGAGGGGGCUUCUGUUUUGUUUUGUUAGCUAAACCUGAAGUAUUAAUUCCACAAACACACUGUCCCUCGGGACCACUCAGGUACAGCUCUGCCAGGGACAGAGUCCUGCUGUUGGGAGGUCAGUGCUGCAAGGGUCUCAGGUGGGUGGUGUGUUCUGUGCCAUGAGGAGUGAGAGGUCUAGAUGGACGUCGCCACCUUCCUCCGCACUCAUCACCCGGUCAUACGCCAGGCCCACCUCUUCCCAGCAAGGGAUGCCAAAGAACCGCCGUUCUGAUUCUGCGUCUUCACUUAGCUUUUCAUCAUCUUUUCCUGUUUUGGAGAAUUUUUUGUAAUUAAAAGCAAUUACUUUAAAAUGCACUAGCCACUAUCUCACAAGGCAUGGUUAUCUCUGGAUUUUUUUUUUUUUUUUCAAAUAACUGUAUUUAUCUCCAGGCUGUGGAACCGCUGCUGCUUUCUUCGUGAAGACAAUGUCUCUCCCUGUAAUCUCACACAAACACACUGAGGAGGGGAUGGCUCCGUCUUCACAUUGUACGCAGAUCUGAGGAUGGGGUUAGUGAAGCUGUGGGGACGGCACACCCGGAUCUGCCCAUGUCUCAGAGCAUGGCAGUGGCUCCUUUUCCUUCUAAAAUACUUUAUCCCAGAAGCAGGUCGUCUGCCCCAGGCUUAACUUUAUCCAGAAAAAGAAGGAAAAUUGGCCAUCUUUCCCACCUCUAGAUUCUGUGAAAUUAUACACUCGCUCAAAAGAUUCCUUCUUAUCAACCCCACGCUGUGUAAGUGGAAAGGGCAGAGUGUUUGUGUACCGUGUGUGUCCAGUUUACAGUGUCCCUGCCCCUUAGUGUGUUGUGUGACAAUCUCCCUGGGUGAGGAGUGGGUGUACCCAGGCCCAAGGCCGGUGGGUCACUUGGUGCCUUCCAUGUGAGUACUGGUGUUCACUUGAUGCCGGGGAAUAGAAUUAGAGAAACCUCUGACCCGCCGGGUGCCAGGGACCGGUGGAGGUGGAUGGCAGGUCCGACUUGACCGUAACCUUUAGUGGUAAGGGUGUGUUGGCUUUUUCAGUCUCUUGUGAAAAGUCUCCUGUCUCUGGCAGCACCGUCUGCACUUUCUUGUUUAAUGUUUAAAGGGACAAGUACCAAGCCCCAAGAAUACUUACUUUGGCCACAGCAUAAGCUGAUGGUGUGUGAGGAACCGAUGGGCCAUUAAACAUGAAUGGAGCCGUGAAAAGCACAGUCUAUGGACAUUCAUGGAGUAAGCCCCUAAAGCUGUUUGCUUCUUCAGGCUUUAGGUUACAUGCUUUUAAUUUGGUUUUAGAAUCUGGACACUUUCUAUGAAUGUAAUUCGGCCGAGAAACUUGUUGCUAAGAUGCAAUCCUCAGUGUUCUCUGUAUGUAUAUUUGUGUAUACACCACACGUUACAACUGCAUGAGCUUCCUCUCGCACCGAGACCAGCCGGAACUGAGCAUGAGACGCUGUCAAAUACAGACAAAGGAUUUGAGUCAAUAAAAAAGAAAAUGUUUCACUA